AUGCCCCUUAACCAAAGAUGCUUCGCUAGUUCUCUUAGGAGCUACAGAGGAAAAACUCCUAGUGAUAUUAUGCAGAAAACUCAGAAGAAAACAGACCAAGUAAGAAGAAAAGGGACUGAAAGGUGGCAAAGAGUCAUGUCUUCCAAUUUAGUGAAACUGAUACCUCAAGGACACUUACCUAAUGGCUCCAAAGGUCUUGGAUACCGCACAGGCAAGAAAAAAAGUAUUAUGGAACAGUUUAGGGCCACAGUGAGGAAAAUGUUCCCAUUCUAUCAAAAAGCAAGCAAGAAACCCAAGCGUCAAGGUGACAGCCCUUCAAACCCAGAAAUGUCUAGAACACCUCCUGUUUCCAGGAAGCACCAUCUCCUUCCAAGGAUUGUUAGGGAAUUAUCUUCACCAAAAAUAUUACCAAAACUGAAAAGAAGGAAGCUUUCUCAAAAUGCAGCAAUUAAACUGGAUGUGAACAUAAUUGAGGAACAUGCACAAGGCAUUGAUGGGACAAGCACAGUUGUGCAGGCAAGACGGAUGACGAGACGCAUCUCAGUAGUGUCUCUCCCACCUGGGAUGCAAAAGGCUUUGUAUCCAGCAAAAAAGAAACACUACACAGUGUUAAAAAAGAAGAAAAAGAAUAUGCCAUCAAUGUGGUACCAUUCAGAUAUAACUGUUGGGAAGCUUCAAAUGCAGGUGGAUAAUCUCUUGGAUAAUAUCAGUGAAAAAUCCAUACAGUUAUUGGCUCUCAGAAGUGCAGAGCUACAACAAUGCGAGUCUUUGGGAGACAAGAUACUUCAAUCCUCUAAGCAGUUCCAAAGGGUUUCCUUGAGGACUACAAAGAAGCUUAAACUGAAAAAUAUGUGUUUUCUAUGCAGAUGUUGUUGCUAAUACCGUUCUGAUAUUGUGAAAGCAGAUAAGCAACCAGGGUUAUAGAAAUAACUAUUUAAGAAUAGUUAAGUGAUUUAAAUGGUUUUAAAUAAUUUUAUUUCACGUUUUAUGUUAAUAUUUUAAAUAAAUGUUUGUUUUUGACUGUGCACCACCCUGAGCUAUUUGUGGAUGGGUGGUAUAUUAAUGAAAUAAAUAAAUAUCUUAUCCUCUCUAAUAAAAGCCUUGGUGUCCGUCCAUGGACACCCAGGCGUGUG